UCCGCCCCCUCCGCCCCCCAAUAAAUUCCAACUUCACCGCCGUCAUCUUCUGCGUCCUCCUAUCGAGCAGCCGGUGUCUCGACUAUUUUUACUGUCCUUAGCUGUGCGGUAACCCUUCUGGUUCUCAGUUACCUUAUCUGCAAUUAUCAGAGAUGCCUGUGGUUAGGAUCCACGGCCAUUGUUAUUUGUAUACCUGACAAGCCAACCAACAAGUUCCGACAUUUCCUGGUCUAUUUUCCUCCAGUUGCUGACCGGUUAUUUUAUGACACCUGGUUAAAAUUCCGUUCUCCACCAGGCUAUUACCUCCAAAAUUGGUAUGACCUUACAGAAGGUCAUCUAUAUACGGAGAUAGAGAGGGUUUUGCACACUGUCGUGUGCAACUUUGUCCCGAAUUUCUGCUGGCUUUAUCACUGGGUCGAUGUCAUGGCGACAAUGCGUCUCAUAACGCAGCACUAAAGCACUUGUGUCUUCUGCCAGUAGUCUGGAGAGAAUAAGAGAGAACCUAAGCAGCAUCGUUCCUCUCAACCUGAUGGCACGCUUUGAAGAGCAAUUCCAAAAUUCGCCGCUACUGAGCACACAACAAUAUAAAAUAGGAAGCUUCGAGCCAUCCCCUAAGUACAAGUGUGAUGCCUAUCCUAUCCCCUUCGAAAUAUCUGAUUGCGGUUUCUAUUCCAAAUCGUUGUGCAAUGAUAAUCCAGUGCUGGCUCAUUCGUCUGCUCAAUAUAACGAUCUGAGUGGUUCUUGUUCCUCAUCAAAAGUUUCUAUGAAAUCAGUCCUGUCUGAAAUAAAGAAGCAACUUCGCAUUCUUUCAAGCGAGGUCUCCCAAGAUUUUCUCCUGUUCAAACCACCACGGAGGGCAGAUUCUCGUCGCUUGGCAGGUGUGCCUGCUUCGAAUACAUUUUCCGAAGAUAUCGACAACUUUUCACAGAGAACCAAAGGCCUUACUAAAUCCAGACCGUACAUUAUGCCUCUGCUACGCAAGGUAUCUCGUGAACCCCCCUCAACAGCCCUUGACUUCUCGCGUGCUUCUCCACACCACCACGGUUUGGGGAGCAUUACAAAUUGCGAAAAAGGAGAUAAUCGGGGUGAUCCAGAUACUAUUUUCAUGAGUCGGAAGAACUUUCCUGGCCUUCACCACCGAUCAACUAGCGGGACCUCCCAAUUUCCUUCGUCAACUAGUCCUAGUAUGAACAAUCUGGGCUCGCAGAACAUUCACCAGAUGCGCCAGGGAACUCACUCCCAUACCCCACAGUUAAGCCAAUCGUAUCAAACCUCCAUCUUUGACAGCGAUGCCUCUGGCAAAGGUGACUCGGCUGAAGGGGAGCUCUUAGGCCGGUCAAGUUCAAAUGCAUUCUUGUCAUCAGUGCGUAGACCCUCGGGGCAGACGCCACGGUUGUCGUUACAGACGCAUAGUAACUCAUUUACAAUACUCCCCGGGAUUUCCCAGACCAAUAUCACCAGUCGUUCAUCUUUUGGUUAUUCGCGAGAUAACGGCAGUACGCUAGAUACAACUUCACCAAUAUCAAGGUCGUCCCUAGACUUUGUCUUUCGAUCUAAAACGAGAACUAGUACGGAUCCUAUAUCUCGAGCAGCAACAGUGCAAGCUGCGCGUCAGGCGUUUGAAGAGAAGGAAGCAGCCAAGACACGAAGGUUUGAGGAGCAGCAGAUGAAAGCAGAAGAGAAGGAAAUUAAACGCAAAGAGAAACACCAUUGGCGAGCUUCUUCGAAGGACGAGGAAGCACCAGGUCCGCUUUGGGAAAAGGAGCCACCUGGAGAAACACCGAAUUUCCCGCCUGCAUCUGAUCCUAUUUCAUCUACUGCGAAACCACGUCCAAGUUCAGGAUCCUGGAAAUCUCAAUCCAAGAGCACCUGGAUGCUUUUCCUAACGUGGCUACGAACUAGGAUAUUCAAGCUGCGGAGACGGAUCAGAAAUUUCGGCUGAUAUCAUUGACUGUUAUUGAAUUAUGUAUAUAACGCUUCAUAGGGCAUAGUCACCCAUACAUCUCUC